ACUGCAAAACUUUCAAAACUUUUGGAACAAUCCACUAAGUACUUAAUUAAAUCCCGUGACGAUUUGGAAACGUUCUUAUGCCGGUUCAAUGAUCCAGCAUUCAGAAUUUUGUUAAGCAGCUUCCGCGUACCUACUCUAGCGUAUUGCGAUGAUAGCAGAUUCGCAGCGCAAAAUUUAUUAUCAUUUUAGUUAUGUUGGAUAAUGAUGGUCCAAAUCGGCUGGUAUGAGAUUUUUACGACCGUGCUGCUGAUCAUUUUUGUUAUUCUGGUUGUGUUACUCUUCGUUUUUAUCGGUUGGUUUGUUGUGUGGAAGCUAAUACUGUCGCAAUUCCGUUUCUUUCGAGAAAUACUGGGCAUGGAGAACGGUCGGGAGCAUGAAGCGAAAAAAUCUGCAAGCGGAAAUCAGCCAGCGCAAGGCGUCGGGACGCAGCUCGCUCCAGAGACUCCUGGGCACAUUCGACGACGCAUGGAACGAUUAAGUAGUGGAUCUGCUGGUGGACUGACUGUGUCGUAAUGUUUUAGAAUUCUUUUAAAUUGUAUGAUUGCGGCAGAUUGCCUCAGUACUGUUGAAUAAUUAAGUUUUUCGGUCUUUCACUUUUUAUGGUUAAAUUGUUUUUAGUUAGGCCUACUGAUGAACUUAAUUACUGAAGACUGCUAUGCUCUAAAAAUUAAUUAAUCAUUAAAUUUGAAGAUGAA